GUCUCCUCGUGCGUGCGACUGGCGCAGGUUCACUUGCUAAGUAAAAUAUUAUUAUUCAUGUGAAACAGUGCGUUGGCGCGUCUAUAUCAUAGUGUUUGCCGGGUUUAUUCGAUGUUUACGCGUUUCACGUCGUUAGUCAUAAAACAUUAAUUAUUAUCGUAAACGUUGUUAUUAUUGAAUGUCCGCACGACGAUUGACAUGUAACAUAACGUACAACCGUUGACAAUAUGAAAGCUGACAUUGGAAUACAUUUUAUUAUCGCAAUAUUCAUUUUGUUCGAGUCGUGGACCGCUGCUAUUGACAUUCCUUAUGAAGAUCUCAACAACCCAUAUAAGUUUUGUCCACCGCGGUCCAGUUGUGUGGGAGUUGACCAGAAAGUGGCAGCCUCGGAAGUUCAGGAUAAUGACGACGGCCUGGGCGGACUACGGCGAAACUGCCUGUGUKACGACCUUUGCAGCGAGUACGGUGAUUGUUGCACCGACUCGACGCACUUUGACCCAGUGGAACAGCAGAGGGCCGCUGAUCGAUACGGUUGCAUGCCUACUGAUGUAAGCGGCGGAGCGUACGUCGUGAACAGGUGUCCGGCCACGUGGACGAACACACGGGUACGGGACGCGUGCCAUGCGGCCGCCAUGGAUACAGACGGCAUGCUCGGAAAUCCCGUGACUAGUCGAACGACGGGACACGCGUACCGGAACCGGUUCUGUGCCGUGUGCAACGGCGAUGCGGCUGACCAAAUCCUUUGGGACACGCGGAUCGUUUGUAAUACACUUCUAGGCGUGGCCGCGGGUGCCGAACAAGCAGUGCUCGACACGCUCCGGUACGACGCGACCGCUGGUCGAUGGGUGGUAAAGUACAGCGGUGAUACGUACGAUUGUGACCAAAUAGUGGUGCCACCUGCCGCGACCCGUAUCCGGAAGUGUCUACCAAAUGCCGUGAUCACAUGUCAUCCCCGAUGGCCGAACGACGAGAUCAGGUCCAACUGCGAGGCGUACACCACAGUGAUGUACUACGACGACCAGCCCUACAAGAACAUACACUGCGCCAUAUGUAACCACGUGCUCGUACAGAACGUUACGUGCCAGCUUACUAGUAUUCACGUGAGGUUUCCCAACCAGUUUGCGGUUCGCAGCUUCACCGCGUUAUUCGUUGCGCAACCCGGCCAUCGCGAGUGCCGCGGCCAGGACACAUUUUACGACCCGUUCAGCAAGACAUGCCGGUCGCUACGGACGUCAGUGGCCGGCGAUGGCGUGCCGCUCAACUGUUCCGUCGUGGCCAUGUACCCGUCACCACCCAAAGGUUGGCGGCCGCCCAAUGCCGACGCCGAGUACGUGACGCUAGAAAACGGCACGAUGGCUGUGUGCGUGGACGCCGGUCAGCCGGCCACCGCCGAUACGCUGAGGUAUGCGGUUCUCACUUAUGUGGGACUGGGCGUGUCUGCGGUGUUACUGAUCGUGCACCUGGCUGUGUUUGCCGUGCUACCYGAGAUAAAGAAUCUGUCCAGCAAGAACCUGGCGUCGUUUUGUGUGUCACUGUUGUGCUCGUACGCCGCGUUCGUAGCCGGAAAUUGGCUGACUGGUCCUGCCUGYUACGCCGGCGCCGCUUUCACCUAUUAUGCGUUCCUCACGUCGUUCGCGUGGAUGUUGGUGAUGAGCUUUGACUGCUGGCGCACGCUGCGCCUGGCCACCGUCGAGUUACGCGUCACCAGUGGCCGACARACGAAAAAGUUUCUCGUCUACUCGGCUGUCUGCUGGCUGGUGCCGGCCAUGAUGACGUUCGUUGCGGUGGCCGCAGACGCCGUGCCCGCCGUGCCCAACGACGUCCGUCCUCGGUUUGGCGCCGACCAGUGCUGGUUCGGCAGCAAAACGGCGCUGUUGUUAUUUUUUGCCGGCCCACUGACCACCAUCAUGGCCGUUAAUGUCGUGCUAUUCGGUUGGACCGCGUACAUGAUACACUCGAGCCGGGCCACCGUCCGGCACAUCAACACGCGUCACGUGCGCCGCGAUUUCCGCAUGUACUGCCGUCUCGGCGUGCUCAUGGGCCUGACGUGGUCCACCGGCAUAGUAGCCAGUUACACGGACGCCAAGUACAUGUGGAUGCUAUUCGUUAUUCUCAACACGUUCCAGGGCCUGUUCGUAUUCAUUGCGUUCACGUGCCGCCGCCGCGUAUUGGACUCGCUCGUCCGCGGCGUCGGCGGCGGCAACCUGGGCGUCGGUCACCUGUCUCACGAAAAGUCUAAGGACAUGGACAAGCACUCCCGCGGCCCGCCUCCGUCGUCGUUCUCCUGGUCGUCCAGUGACAACAGCGCGCCCGUCAGUUCGGAGAAAACGACGGACACGCUUUACUGAUCUGCCGAUACCUACUUGUUUCGCGCGUUCGAUUUUGUUGUUCCGAACACGAAUCAAAACACCACUCUAAGACUGAACGAUGAUUCGCUGUCGGCCGAUGAUGAUGAACACAAAAAUAAUAUGUUAUAUUUAUGUACAGUGUUGGUGGACACGCGAUCUCGCCGCCAGCCAGACACACGACUACUCCUCAUAAGAUCUGUUUUAUUGAUUUUUUUUUUUUACCUUUCUUAUGUCAUUUAGAUUUACUUAAACGCGUGUGCUUAACGACUCUUUAUAUGAUACAAGUGGCUAUUUUGUACACGUUUUAUCGUAUAUUUUUUGAUUUCGAAUGUAGGUUUACGAAACAGCUUAUAAAUAAUAAAUGCGCACUUAAUUUCUUGCAUAAUAAUUAUUCUACUUAUUUAAUUGUAGGUAUACGCAUUAUAGUUACAUUUUUUAUGUAAAUUAUAUUCCUAACGUAUAUUACCUACGAUUAAUUAA